AUGAACAACCGUAUCUCGCGCUCCAUACUGGAGGAUAAUCACAAAAGGCUUAUUGAUCAGUACAAAGCAAACCUCUCAGAUGUAUGUGCUAUCCAAUCAAUCUUGAAUGAUGAGAUCUUGUCCCAUGUGGUCCAAGAAUUGGCGCUCAGUGAUGCGGACCAUACAUGGGCGAAGGAAUGGAUCUCGGAUACAGCAACCAUUUUCCGUUUCUUGCGGCACCAUGGCUUCGUCCGUUCAUUAGCAUUGGAGGCCAUAUACACGGCACUCAUUUGGCGUUUAAAUGCGUUGCGACUCUUCGCUCUCCCUUCUGCACUGCUUCAUUGUCUUCCACCGCCGAUCUGUGAUCCACUUGGCCGUCCCCUCGUGUUUCUCCAGUUGUCAGAAUUGCUGACUUGCGAGCAAACAAUGAUGGAUAGGUUGCUGAUCUCCCUCGAACGCCUGAGUAUUCAUCUCCGCUCACUCAAUACUCUUAACGAUGAGUUUGUGAACCGUGAAGUAACUCUUCAGUGCGUUUUCGUCAUCGACCUUGAAGGUCUAUCAGUCCAGUCGGUUAACCUUAAAAUUUUAACAUGGCUCAUGAAAGAAGUAGUUCCCCGGUACCCUGGAAUGCUUGGUGCAGUAUUCUUCCUCAAUUACUCUUGGACAUAUGCAAUGACUUGGUCCAUUAUGAAGUCCCUGCUUCCUAAAUCCGCGGUUGCCAAAGUCUUCUUUCCAUCCAGGGAGGAGCUUCUUCGAUAUUGUUCUGCGUCAGCGCUACCAUCUAAUUAUGGCGGUGCACUCUCGCCACUCCACCUUAUCGAAGAUCCGCUAAAUUCGCAUGAGCAGAAAAAUUGUGCUUCUGUUGCUUCACGUGAAUGGUGCAUGCCGGCGCCCAGCACCGGGCUUCCUGAGACCCUACACCGGCAGCCUUCGUCCGUAACCAUACCUCCUCGAUCCUCCCUCAACCCUUUCUUUGGCUAUCCUUCAGUCGCUUCCUUCUCACGACCGCACACGGUGCAACAAGGUCGCCGGCGGAAACGUGAUCUGCUGUUGACCCUGUCAGUUCUCUGGUGGAAAAGAUGGGGUACACGCGUCAUCAUAACACUCUAUUUUCUUAUCGUAGUCGGCCUUACACGCAAGAGAGUCAGGAGAUUAGCACGAUGGAUGCUUGGAGUAGCUCUACCUUCUGGUAGCACCUUGCUUGCCAUAACUUAG